AUCACUCUCAUUUUCAAACCAUCAUACUCUCUCUCUCCCUCUCCACAAUUUUGAACAAGAGAGAAAUCAACUGAUUCCUUCUCCUGUAAUCUUCGCGGAGCUAGAUCUUUGCAGACAUGGAUAGUCUGAUUACUUUGGUGAACAAGCUACAAAGAGCUUGUACAGCACUAGGCGAUUAUGGCGAGGAAAGCGCUCUGCCUACUCUCUGGGACGCGCUUCCUUCUAUCGCGGUUGUCGGUGGUCAGAGCUCAGGAAAGUCAUCUGUGUUAGAGAGCAUUGUCGGCAAGGACUUUUUGCCUCGUGGAUCUGGGAUUGUUACACGACGCCCUCUUGUUCUACAGCUUCAUAGGAUUGAAGAAGGAAGAGAAUAUGCAGAAUUCAUGCAUCUUCCAAGAAAGAAAUUUGCUGAUUUUGCUGCUGUGAGGAAGGAAAUAGCUGAUGAGACCGAUAGAGAGACUGGUCGCUCAAAGCAAAUUUCAACUGUUCCGAUUUAUCUUAGUAUCUAUUCUCCCAAUGUUGUAAACUUGACACUUAUUGAUCUUCCUGGACUUACAAAAGUAGCUGUUGAUGGUCAGCCAGAUAGUAUUGUGUUAGACAUCGAGAAUAUGGUCAGAUCUUAUAUUGAGAAGCCCAAUUCCAUAAUAUUGGCCAUUUCUCCUGCCAAUCAAGAUCUUGCAACGUCAGAUGCAAUUAAAAUCUCCCGUGAAGUUGACCCCACAGGAGAGAGAACAUUUGGAGUUUUAACCAAGAUUGAUCUUAUGGACAAGGGUACUGAUGCUGUUGAGAUAUUGGAAGGCAAAGCUUAUAAGCUAAAGUUUCCAUGGGUUGGUGUUGUGAACCGCUCCCAAGCUGACAUCAACAAGAACACUGACAUGAUAGCUGCCAGGCGUAGGGAGUGCGAGUAUUUUGCAAACACACCUGAAUACAAGCACCUUGGUCACAGGAUGGGUUCUGAGCAUCUAGGGAAGAUACUUUCCAAACAUCUGGAGCAAGUCAUCAAGUCUAGAAUCCCAGGUCUUCAGUCUCUAAUUAACAAGACUAUUAUUGAUCUAGAAACAGAACUGAGUCGCCUUGGGAAGCCUGUUGCUAAUGAUGCUGGAGGAAAGCUAUACAUGACUAUGGAAAUAUGCCGUAAUUUUGAUGGAAUAUUUAAAGAACACCUCGAUGGCAUACGGUCAGGUGGUGACAAAAUAUAUAACAUAUUUGACAACCAACUUCCUGGUGCAUUGAAAAGGUUGCAAUUUGAUAAACAACUUUCAAUGGAGAAUAUCCGUAAGCUAAUUACAGAAGCUGAUGGAUAUCAGCCUCAUUUAAUAGCUCCUGAGCAAGGAUAUCGCCGACUUAUUGAAUCUUCACUGGUAUCAGUUAAGGGGCCAGCCGAGGCUGCUGUUGAUGCUGUUCAUGCUGUACUAAAGGAGUUGGUUCACAAGUCAAUCAAUGAGACUAUGGAACUAAAGCAGUAUCCAACUCUAAGAGUAGAGGUUGCAAAUGCUGCAUGCGAGUCUCUAGACAGGAUGAAGGAAGAAAGCAGGAGAGCAAUUUUGCAGUUGGUAGAAAUGGAGUAUAAUUACAUUUCGGUUGAUUUCUUUAGAAAACUUCCACAGGAUGUUGAGAAGGGCGGAAACCCUACCCAUUCGAUCUUUGAUCGAUACAAUGAUUCAUACCUCAGACGAAUUGGAACAACUGUUUUAUCGUACGUGAACAUGGUAUGUGCGGGUUUGAGAAACUCAAUUCCGAAGUCUAUUGUUUAUUGUCAAGUAAGAGAGGCCAAGAGAAGUUUAUUGGAUCAUUUUUUCACUGAAUUGGGCACAAAGGAGGUAAAACAGUUGAGUCGAUUAUUGGACGAAGACCCAGCAAUGAUGCAAAGACGAAUCUCCCUUGGAAAGAGGCUUGAAUUAUACAGAUCUGCUCAAGCAGAAGUUGAUGCGGUUGCAUGGUCAAAGUAAGGAAGUUAUGUUUGUUGGAGUUUUAUUACAUACUAGGAGACCCCUACUCUCAUUCAUUUGUUGAUUGCAAAAUAUGUAUGAAAAUCAAAAUGUAAGCUUAUGUUGUAUAUCUAUUUGUUUUCCUUUUCA